AUGACGUCCCCGCCGCAAACCUCGGCGACUGAAUCCGCAGAUGGCGAGGUCAACCUCGAGACGGUCGUGCAGGAGACGGGGCAGCCAGCAACCAUCGUUCGAGAUGGCCAGGGAGAGCUCGUCUAUCCGGGCUACGUGCCUCCAGCUCCACAGUCUCCCAAGUCCCCCGAGCCUUCCGAUGCCAACAGCCCACCAUCCCUCGGCCGAACCCCUCGAAAGACAGUGACGGCGCCCGUGUCGGCAACAAAAGACAAAAAUAUGAUGCCCAUGACGCGUCCGAAGAUGGCAGAGAGGCCCGCUACUGAUGCACCUGGACGGGUCAGGCGGCAAUCAUCUGCCGUGCCAAUGCCGGCAAUCAAGAGAUCUGGGACGAAUGUCUCUCAUCUCCAACAGGCCUUGUGGACGAGCCCAUAUGAUGAGGACGACUCGUCGAGCAGCGAUAUGUCUACGGACGAAGAUGAGGACUUGAGUGCAGACGUCGAGCGGAUGGACCACGCCAUUGGCAGCAAGGCACAAUCCCAGCAGUUCCGUCGAUUUCGCGUCGCGAAUGAGAAUUACAAAACGAAAGGCAGGGUCUCGAGGCGAGAUGGCCGUCUUGCGAUCUCGAUCAAAGACAUUAGCACCAAUGGUUACCUACCGAAUGCCCUCGGCGCUGCCAUCACGAAGGUGGUACCUUUGAAGGAGGGUGAGAUCGGUAGAAAGCCUGAGGGGGAGGAGGAGGGGGAGCAGCCAGCAGCCGAGAGAACAUCAUCCGAGGCCAUGGUCGAUCCCGAGAGCCUCCGAUGUCCGCCGCUCAACAUUGUGAUCAUGGUGAUCGGGAGCCGUGGAGAUGCACAGCCAUUUCUCAAGAUCGGAAAGGUACUCAAGGAGAAAUAUGGGCACAGAGUCAGGAUAGCAACGCAUCCAGCCUUCCGCGAAUUCGUAGAGAAGGACUCGGACCUCGAGUUCUUCUCCGUGGGCGGGGAUCCUUCUGAAUUAAUGGCGUUUAUGGUCAAGAAUCCCGGGCUGAUACCAACACUCGAGACCUUGCGAGCUGGAGAUAUCGGCCGCAGGCGAGCAGCCAUGAACGAGAUGUUUGGCGGGUUCUGGCGGGCAUGCGUCAACGCCACGGACGAUGAAAAGGACGUCCGAAACCUGCAGAUGAUGGGGGAGAGACAACCCUUCGUCGCCGAUGCCAUCAUUGCCAACCCUGCCUCCUUUGCGCAUGUCCAUUGCGCAGAGGCACUUGGAAUCCCGCUCAUCUUGUCAUUUACGUUCCCUUACACGCCGACGCGCUCGUUCCCCCAUCCCAUGGCUAAUGUCAAGAAGAGCAAUGUCGACCCUGGAUACACGAACUUCAUGAGCUACCCCCUCGUGGAAAUGAUGGUUUGGCAAGGUCUGGGCGAUCUCGUCAACGACCUGCGAGUCAAGACACUGGGCCUCGUACCCGUCUCCACGCUCUGGGCACCAGGCUCCCUCUAUCGACUAAACGUCCCCUUUGCAUACCUGUGGAGCCCAUCUCUGGUCCCCAAACCACCAGACUGGGGCGACGAGAUUGACAUCUGCGGCUUUGUUUUCCUCGACCUCGCAUCCUCAUUCAAACCUCCCAAUCCUCUCGAGGAGUUUUUGAGUGCAGGAGAGACGCCCAUCUACAUUGGCUUUGGCUCUAUCGUUGUCGACGACGCCGAGAAAUUCACUAAUAUGAUAUUUGAAGCUGUUGAGCUCGCUGGUGUGCGUGCGCUCGUCAGCAAAGGCUGGGGAGGACUGGGCGGCGACAGUUUGAGUGUGCCUGAAAAUAUCUUCCUACUUGAAAACACACCACAUGACUGGCUCUUCCCCAGGGUCAAGGCGUGUGUGAUUCACGGGGGAGCAGGAACAACAGCGAUUGCUCUCAAGUGCGGAAAACCUACUAUGGUUGUGCCCUUCUUCGGCGACCAGUUCUUCUGGGGUAACAUGAUCGUACAAGCAAAGGCGGGCCCCGAGUCGGUGCCGUACAAACAGCUGUCUGCAGAGAAACUAGCCGAAGGGAUCAAGUUCUGCCUGACAGAGGAGGCACAGAAGAAUGCCCAGGCUCUGGCGCGCGACAUCGCGAGGGAAGGGGAUGGGGCGGAGAAUAUGUGUGCGUUCUUCCACAACCACCUGCAGCUGUCCGGCAAACACUCGAUGAGGUGCUCCAUCCUGCAGGACCGGGUGGCGGUAUGGCACAUGAAGGGCACAAGCCUGAGGCUGAGCGCACUGGCCGCCGAUAUUCUCGUGGAAAGGGGCUUUAUCCAGUGGCGAAAGCUGAGCCUCGUCAGGCACUGCGAGUGGAACGAUUUUGAAGGGCCAGGCGAGCCUGUCACUGGUGUUCUUGGGUCUGUGGCUGGCUCGCUCGGUGAGGCCUUUGGUGGCAUCGGCAGCGUCCCCUCUCGAAUAGCCAAGAAUUCUCAUAUGAGGCGAGAAAAGAAGGAUAAACAAAGACAGAAGCGUGAGACGGCGAGACGCAUGAAGAAAGGCCAGGCUCUAAAGGAUGGGCAUGUUGGCAUACCUGAACGCAAAUCCGAGACGGAACUCAACGGGAACGUGACGAAAGAUACGAACGGAACCUCUCAGGCGCAAUCUAGAGAGGCAGGACACACGAAUGACCGCCGCCCUAUCCCCAGACACACCGCCGCCUCGCUCGAAUCCGCCACGACGCAAGACGCCGAGCCAGACUCCUGGUACGUCAACGAAGUAUCCCGCGGAGCACUCCAAUCCGCCGGUGCCCUCGCCAGCGCGCCCAUCGAUCUGUCGGUCGCGCUCGCACAGGGCUUCCACAAUGCGCCCCGUCUCUACGGCGACGACACCGUGCGGCGGCCACCGCGUGUGACGGGCCUCCGCUCGGGGCUGCGCGCGGCCAGGACCCAGUUCGCAUAUGGUAUAUACGACGCUUGGACGGGCGUGGUUCGUCUACCCGUGCGAGGUGCAAAGAGCGGCGGGACCAGAGGGUUCGCCAAGGGUGUCGGGAUGGGCCUCAGUGGGCUAGUGCUCAAGGACCUCGCCGCCUUGACGGCGCCGGUGGGGUACACGCUCAUGGGCCUCAAGAAGCAACUUGAGAGGCGGCGGCAGCCACAAAAGCAAAUCCGCAGGGCAAGAAUACUUCAGGGCCAGCGAGAGCUCAAGGAUCUGGGCGCCGAGGAGCGCAGGAGGCGCGUGGAGGAGGUCGAGAAGGGGUGGGAGGUGCUGCGGCGGCUGUGGGAGACGGUGGAGAAGAGGGAGAAGGAUAAGGGCGGCCUGGGGGCGCAGAUCCGGGUGAGGAGGAGGAGGCGUGGCGUGGGGCAGGCGUUUGAGAGUGUUGAGAUGGCGAAUAAUGCUCUUGGGGCAGUCAAAAGGGGCGAAGAGGUUAGGGAUGCCGUGAAAGAUUAUAGGAGGUCGGAGGAUCUCAAGAAGUCAUAGGUGGGUGGCUGCUUUGGAUGCACGUUUUGAGUGAUGUCUAAGGUCUUGGUUGAGGCAAUUCAAGUCUAGAGGCCACUCUGAUCGCAGGUCGACAGGAUAGAGGCCCAAAAACAUGAGACAUAAUAUAGACGGACUCGAAUAAUGAAGUCGCGGCCUUGGGAUUCAGCUGUACAUGACUGAGUCCUACUAAUAGAAAGAGUAAUGAAGUUGAGUUAGUGUGGUUGAAGGUUCUCUUCAGAUAUAAUUUUAAUGGCAUAGGUGAACUCUAC